CGGGCUCCAACGGCGCUCUUUGCUGCCCCCCACCAGUCGUGCAGUUGUGUGCGUGCGUGUAUGGAAUGCAAUAAAAACAAAGGCAAAAAGCAAAAUAGCAAUUUUGCUAUGGCACGCACUUUCUGGGCGACCUUUGAUAGCCCCAUCUCGCUCCCACUCGAGUGGGGUCCAUGGCAACCCACCUUUUUGGGACCUGACUUGCACUUGUAAGCUAUGGAUAAAAGCAACAAAGAAUGAUAUUUAUCAACAAGAACAGCUGUUGUUCCGUUGCCUAAAGAGCAGACAGAAAGAAGAGAAGAGAGCUGCACCUGUUUAUGUUGUGUGGGAGAUCUACAUUGCUAGGGUGGACCUUAUAACUGUAAUACUAAUUUCGGCUAAUUGCCGUCCACCGAUUUCCUUUAAUUCCAAAAUGCUUGCUUUGUGCUAAUUGAGUCUUAAUUGAUAAAAGCCAUGCGCAAAGUGCUGAACAUUUUGGGAAUUGGCAUUUUUACUGUUAUUCCCCUGUCGUGAUGCUUCCUUUUACAUUUCUUCAAUUGAUCGCUAUAUGGCGGCCGAAUUAAAUAUUUCUCAAUUGUUUUUAAAUUGCCAUCAAUAACGAUGUCCAAGUGAAAUUAAUUUAUUUUGCACAAUGAAAGUCAAAGACGCAAUUUGCUGCAAUGAAUUUGCGGCGCAUGGAAACGCUUCAAUUUUGUUGCACGUUUUUAUCGGUUUUUUUUUUAAGUUUUUCUUUUACUUCGAGCAGACAUACCCAUCUGUCGCUUAGGACGCUUCAAUUAGCGCCGUUAAUUUGCAAAAAUUAGCAGCAUUUUGCUUAAAAAUAUACUUUAUGGCCAUUCAUCAAAACCGCUGGCGGGCAAUAAAAACAAAAGUUGAGAAAAAAUGAUAAGGCGUAAUUUGAGCUGAAUGGAGGUUUAUGUCCAACAAAUUAGCACAGAAAUUACAGUUAUUAGCAGGUUCACUAAUUUGCAGUUUGAAUUUUGAGUCGGGCGCCAAAAGUACAGGAAAUCUGGCAGCUCCAAUUCAUUUUUAUCUAUCGAUUGAGGUGUGACCAGAUGCCUGUUUACAGAUGUCAAAAAAGAAUAAUCGAUUGCUCGAUAAAAGAUCCAAAGGGCCAAAGUUUGUUUAUCAUUCUUAUUCGGCAUUUUUAACAUCAAAAUGAGCUCCAUCAAGAUCGAAUUCGCAGUUCAGAUGCGCAAGGACGACGAGGCGUACGCCAGCGUCCUCCGGACGGCGCUGGAUGGAGUGGGCCAGGUGGAAAUCGACACCAAGGAGGGCCGAGUGAUUGUCCAGACCCAACGACCUUGGUCAGAGGUGCAUGACAAGAUAGAGGCCACCGGACGCAAGGCGGUGCUAUCGGGAUUUGGUGGCCAGUCGGCCGUGGCUCUCAUCAACACCACGGGCAGUGUAGUGGACCGAACGCCUGUCCAGGGCGUAGUGCGCUUCACAACAAUUACGGCUCGGGAGCCCGGAGUGGUGGUAGAUGGCGUGGUGGAUGGCCUGACGCCCGGUCUGCACGGUUUCCAUAUUCACGAGAGCGGCGAUGUGUCCGCAGGUUGCGCCUCCGUUGGCUCACACUACAAUCCCCGCCAGUCGCCGCACGGAAGUCAAACAGCAGAGGCAGCGGAACGGCAUGCCGGCGAUCUGGGCAACAUUCGGGCCGAUGAGAGCGGCAGGGCCACAUUCCGUUUUGUUGAUCCCAUCCUGGAGGUGUGGGACAUCAUUGGCAGGGCCAUUGUUAUAACAGCCAGUGCCGAUGACCUGGGAAACGGUGGCAACCAACAGAGUCUCAUCGAUGGCAACUCGGGAGACAGGAUUGCUUGUGGGAUAAUUGCCCGUUCGGCGGGCAUACUAGAAAACUUCAAGCGAAUCUGUGCCUGCGACGGCGUCACCCUGUGGGAUGAACGGAACAAGCCACUGGCUGGCGGGGAUCGCUCCCAAAAGCUGUAAUUUAGACUUGUCUUUCCGUUGACCUUGUUACUUUGUAAAUAAAUGUAUUUCUUUUUGUACAAAAAAAA